AGUCUUGAACGCGGCAAGUACCCCUUUGCACUGGAUCAUUCUGGUGGCAUAACCACCAAGCGGUUGGCAUGGUCGCAGGAAAUUGAACUGUGUGACGUGGGAGGGAUGCUGCCGGAACUCGUUGAAGGUCUGACAGAUAGGCUAUCCAACUAUUCGACGAUCGCCUCACUUGCGAUAACGGACUUGAUUAGCCACACUCGAGCCUCCAAAAUCGUCCCCGUGCUACCAGCCUUUACACUGGCUGUAAAGUCUGCCCUACGACUAAAUAAUGAAACGAUCGCGCGGCGAAUGGUCUCGUUGUUGAAAAUGAUUUGUAAAGCCCAGCCAAACUUGGGUCCGAACUUAGCUCCCUUCAUGCACGGUUUGUUGAUGCACCUCAACCAGUGGUAUACUGGUGGAUCGCUGAAAAAGGGUGAGAUUGUUUACGGACAGAAGAAACACGGUGAUCUGACGGAAAGCAUCGAUGCACUAUUGUCCACGAUGGAAGCCAUUGCUGGUACGGAGAAAAGAGUUGCGAUUUGCAAUAUAAAACUGGCGAUUCCGUCAUACAUGAGCAGUGAAAGUGUAACGUAA